CAGUGUUUUGAGUUAGGUUUCACCUUGCGGUUUCCUCUUGCCGUUUCAUCUUCGUUCGUCUCCGCCAGCCACGAUUCGUCUCCGACAGUCACGAUUCACUCCUCCAUCCACGAUUCAGAGGUCAUGGUUUCAGUCGCGAACUCAAUCCGUUUCCUUCUCCGAAUUCGAAAUUAGAUUUCAAGUUUCCACUAUCAGUAUCUUGUGUCCACUUUAUCAUCUCAGCAAGGUGCUGAAGCUUAAACCACUGAUAAUUGUGGACCCUGAAGAUCGCUUGAAAAGAAAGAAUCUUUCCGAUGUCAUUGGUGUUCUGUAUUAACAUAGUGCUGGGGAAUGCAUACGAUACAUUCAUGUUUCGUUUAUGCAGACAAUAAAGUCAUUAACACCUGCAACCACAGUUGUUUUGCAAUGGCUAGUGUGGAUGAAGCAUUUUGACUGGCGUAUUGGAGCCACUCUUAUACCCAUUGUUGGAGGGAUUCUUCUCACAUCUGUUACAGAGAUGAGCUUUAAUAUGUUGAGAUUUUGUGCUGCCUUAUUGGCUGUUUGGCUACAUCUACAAAGACUAUCCUUGCAGAAUCUCUUCUCCAUGGAUACAAAUUUGACAGUGAAAAUGACGCCAUAUGAGGAAGAAAAUGCUAAAAGGAUGGAGGCUCUCAAUAUUCGCCAUCUCUCUCAAUCCCUUCAAAAAUCCUCUUCUAGUAAGAUGUCGGGUAGUGGAAGAGGCAAACGAAUUGCUCCCAUUCAGCCAACCCCAUCUCUUCCUCCCGAAACUAGGUCACAUGUUAUUGAUUUUAUUUUAUUGUUGUUUCUAUUGGAGUGUAGAUUUGUAUAUAUGCAAUUGAAUUUGUAUACAAGCUAUGCUUGUCAUAUACUCAUUACAGAUUGUGUUUGCAACUUAAAUUACACUACUAUUUGUAUUGUUUGUUUGUAGGCCAAAUACAAAUGGUUUGAAAAGGAUGAAGCUAGCAUUAAAAAAAGCUUUAAUAGUAGAGGAACGUUGACCCUGAAAAAUGCUUUGUUCAAGGUUCGUAACUGUUAAGAUUAAACUGAAUGGAUUGAUGAAGACAAGUUAAAAGAAUUAACGGAUCAAUGGAAAGGUAAAAAGUGGCAAAAUAUUUCUAAGAUUAAUAACCAAAACAGAAAGUCUCAAGCUGGACAUAAUGUGCACAAUGGAGGAUCCAUUUCUGCCAGAGAACAUGCCAAAAAAAUGGUUAGUAGUAAAUCUGCUUUAGUGAAUUUCAAUUUAAAUAGAUUAUACUAAGUUUAUGUUUGUUAUUAUUUUAGAGGAUGAAAUUAAAUAGAGAGCCAACCUGUUUUGAGGUUUAUCAGAGAAUGCAUAAACCAAAGAAAAAAUUAAAUGAGUGGUUUAACAAAGAACAAGCUUUGAUAGCUGAAAGUUACCAAACUAAAUUGUUUGAGAGAAAUUCUCAAAUAGGUGAGGGUAGUAACCAAUAAUCUGAUGAUAGUAUAUACAUGGAAGUUGUUGGGGGCAUUAACAAGAAGGGACACACAUUUGGAUUGAGAUCUCAAGCUGCCACUAUCAAAGAAUCUUUGAAUUUUUCUCCUUCAAUUUCUACUGAUGUGGUACAGUCAGAUAAAGUUGCUGCUAUGGAGGCUAAGAUUGAAGCAUUAACCGUUGAACUUGAACAAAAGAAUCUUUAACAAGAAACGUUAAAACAAAAGAUGGAGCAUUGGGAGCAGAUUUUUGGAAGGUGUGUGCCUAGUAUUAAUCAAAACUCUCCAGUUCAACUUGAAAGAGAAGGUGAUAAUGAAAAUUAUGAGAUGGAUGCUAAUGAAAAUGAUGUGAUGGAUGAUGAAGAUGAUUUGUUGGAUGAUGAAGUUUAGCUUUAGUUACUUUCUUUUCUGUAUUUUUGAUAAAUCAAUUAUAUGAAUUUCUGUGUCUUUGACAAUUUUAGGUUUGAUAUUAUAUUUAGUGCAGUAGUGGUGCACUUGAUACUUUGUAAAAAUGACAUACAUUUGGUGUCAAUCAAAAUUUGAUUGUCUC